GCGUCUUCUCUGCGAGAACCGCUCCGUCCAUUCGAACCCCCGGCCCGAACCGACUCGCCCCCUCCUCCUCCGCUCUCGUCUCUCGCCACUCGCUCCCCUCCCUCUCGAGUUCCUCCAGUUCGCCGGCUCCACCGGCUCGCCCUUGGCGCCGCGGUCUUCCGGGUGUUCGAGAGAGGCGGUCGCUGCUUGCGCCGCGCGCGUGUGGUGGCGGACGGACGGACGCGAUGGUUUCCUUCGACAUCAACGACCGCAAGAAGAUUGGGCUGGGCUUGACUGGGUUUGGAGUUCUCUUCUCGUUUCUUGGGAUCCUCAUGCUGUUUGACAAGGGGUUCUUGGCAAUGGGGAAUAUUCUCUUCGUGUCUGGUGUUUCACUAACCAUUGGGCUGAAGUCAACCGUACAGUUCUUCACCAAGCCUAAGAAUCACAAGGGUUCGAUUGCUUUUGGGAUCGGACUUUUCCUCGUCCUCAUUGGUUGGCCUGUCUUCGGAAUGAUGGCGGAGUCGUAUGGCUUCGCCGUGCUGUUCAGCGGCUUCUGGCCUACUGCUGCUGUUUACCUGCAAAAGAACCCCACUGUCGGUUGGAUUUUCCAGCACCCUUAUGUGACUUCGUUGCUCACCCGGUUCAGAGGAAGACGAGUCCCCGUGUGAUCGCCCGUGCUGUCGAAACAUUCCCAAAGGAUGCCCGAUCGCCCUGUAUAAAGUAGACGGACAUGUGUUCUCUUGCUCGUUUGUUGAUUCCUUGGUUCUGCUGGAUGUGAAUCUUGCUGCGCUGCUACCAGUGGAUUUUCUGCAGAUCUCUUGACUGCGUCUAGAAUUCUUUUUGUACAAAGCAUUCGUUAGUACCACUUGUUAAGGAGACCAAGAGCUGAGCUGUUUUCUGAA